CACGUUUUUGAAUAUUCAUGAGCUCAUGAAUAUUCACGAGCGGGUCGUGAUUUUGUAAGCGGUCACGUUGCGCUGCGGUACCAGAACUCCAGACUCGCAGCCGCUGAGCAUCCGCUUCAUCCGCUCUCUGUCUCUAGCUCUUACACUCCAACCAGCCGCCAACAUGACACACCAGUACCCAGCCCUGACUCCUGAGCAGAAGAAGGAGCUGCAGGAAAUCGCCCAGCGCAUCGUCGCACCUGGCAAGGGAAUCCUCGCUGCCGAUGAGUCCACAGGCAGCAUGGCUAAGCGUCUUAACCCCAUUGGUGUGGAGAACACAGAGGAGAACCGCCGUCUGUACCGCCAGCUCCUCUUCACAGCUGACCAGCGCAUUGACAGCUGCAUUGGUGGUGUUAUCUUCUUCCACGAGACACUGUACCAGAACGCAGAUGAUGGCACACCCUUUGUCAAGAUGAUCAAGGACAGGGGCAUUGUUGUUGGAAUCAAGGUUGACAAAGGUGUUGUCCCUCUGGCAGGAACUAAUGGCGAGACCACAACACAGGGACUGGAUGGUCUGUCAGAACGCUGUGCUCAGUAUAAGAAGGAUGGAGCUGACUUUGCCAAGUGGCGCAGUGUGCUAAAGAUCAGUGAGACCACACCAUCAGAGCUAGCCAUCAUGGAGAAUGCCAACGUUCUGGCUCGCUAUGCCAGCAUCUGCCAGCAGAAUGGCAUUGUGCCUAUUGUGGAGCCAGAGAUCUUGCCUGACGGUGAGCAUGACCUUAAGCGCUGCCAGUACGUCACAGAGAAGGUGCUUGCUGCCUGCUACAAGGCUCUGUCUGACCACCAUGUCUACCUGGAGGGAACACUGCUGAAACCCAACAUGGUGACAGCAGGACAUUCCUGCCCCACCAAAUACUCCAAUGAGGAAAUUGCCAUGGCUACAGUCACUGCUCUUCGUCGUACCGUCCCUCCAGCAGUCCCAGGAGUGACCUUCUUGUCCGGAGGACAGAGUGAAGAGGAGGCAUCCAUCAACCUGAACGCAAUCAACAACUGCCCUCUGUCCAGGCCCUGGGCCCUCACCUUCUCCUAUGGCCGCGCCCUGCAGGCUUCUGCUCUCAAUGCUUGGCGUGGAGCCAGGGACAACGAGAAGGCCGCUACUGAGGAGUUUAUCAAGCGUGCUGAGGCUAAUGGCCUGGCUUCUCGGGGCAAGUAUGUGUCCAGUGGAACCGCUGGAGCUGCAGGACAGUCCCUGUAUGUGGCCAACCACGCCUAUUAAAGCAUUCCCAUCACCCGCCUACUCCAGCUGCCGCCGACCAAUAGUAUCUUUUGCCGCUGCUACCCUCCAUGUCACCAACCAGUCACAGGCCUGCGCUGUUGUCUGUACUUUUUAGGAUCGUCAUUGCAAUGUUCUACUACUAAUGUUCUGUCUAUUUAAAAUGUGUCGAAAAUGGAAAGGAGAAGAUUCAAAGAAGAGAUUAAGGGGGGCUUAAAAGGCUCACAGAUGUUAUGGGAGAUGCUGAAAAAUCUAAUGUUAUACAAACACUGGUACCAAAAGUGGUCAUCGUGCUGUAUUUAAUAAGUAAAUGGUAUUGCCACUGCGGCUAGAUAUUAACAACUAGUUCAAGUUAUAUUUUUGGAAAACAUUCUUUACUUUUUUUGUACAAGUGUUCAGUUCUGACACCCUUUCCCCAGCUUGUGUAGUUUUUACCACUGAGUCAGUUAAGCUCCCACAUUCCCAUAAAGUGCAGCUACAGCCUCUCCAGUUUGAUGUGUUGUGUGGUCUCAUCCAUUCAUGUUAUGAGACAUAAUGCGUCUGCAUUAGCACUGAUCAGAAUACAGUGAAAAUGCUAACCAAGAACAAAACAAUCAGUCUUAUUCUACAAUGAGGGGGUGAAUCAGUGGAGAGAGUGGACCAAUGGAGAGAGUGGCGGGUAGGUCAGUACACUUACGCAACGCACAGCCUCACAAUGAUCAACUAACACCGGACACUGAGCAGCAUUUAUUUAGUGUUCUAUUCUCAUCUAUUGUAGUGAUGAGUCUUUUGGGUUGUGUGCGUCUGUUUGCUUUAAAUACAGAAUACUAACUUAAAUGGGUUGAAAGAUAUGGAAAAUUAUAUGAUUAAAUGUGUUCUAUUAUUCUGUGUAUUCCGCAUGAGUGCUAUGCUCUCUCUCCCCCCAGUGUGGUGACACGUUGGUACACUGAAGUACUAUAAAGAUUACCAUGUAACGUAAAUAACGUAAUGUAAAGCAUAAUUCCAUGGCUUAACUUUGCCGCUUGGACCAAACUUCUGCAGUUUUGUUUGGCAGAGGGAGAAAGAGCAUAGUCACUGCUGGUUUGGAUAAACUGUGAUGUCAUUGUGUUGUUGUCCUCUCAAGCACUUGGUGUGUAAGAUUAGAAACAAAAACUAUAAAAUAAAAUAAUUUAAAAUUCAA